ACAUGUUUGUCUCGAGUCCUUCCGCUCCUUCUCUCCUUCUGUCCAGUUCUCCAUCCUAGACCUCGCCCCAGUUCACCGAGCAACCCAACAAGAGAUGCUCGGCCAUUUACCCUAACAACCAUAUCCACGAUCUGCCCUACCCAUCAUGUCCAGAUGUCCUCCCCAACCGACAUCGUCAUCAUCCCCGGCGGCUGGCACACCCCCGCCUCCUACCGGAAGUUCACCACCGCCCUCUCAACCGCCUUCCCCUCCCUCCGAGUAACCGUCCUCCCGCUCCCCAGCAUCUCCAACGACCCCUCCCCCACCGCCGACUUCUACACCGACUCCUCGUUCGUCCGCUCCUCCGUCUCCCAAAUGAUCUCCGAAGGCCGCCGCCUCGCCAUCCUCAUGCACUCCUACGGCGGACAAGUCGGCUCCAACGCGCUCCAUGGGCUGUACCGUGAAGAGAAAAGCGGCGGUGGCAUCACCCACCUCAUCUACCUCGCAGCCGCCAUACUCUUCCCCAACUCCCUCAUGACCGUUCCCUACGGCGACUCCAAACCAAACGUCUCCCUCGUCAACCCCUCCCACUUUGAUUUCCUCCCCGACGGGCGAGUGGUCGCCUUGCGUCCUAUAGAAAUGUGGAUCGGCACCGAGGCGGGCGAUAAGGGGGAGGCGACAGACCAAGAAAUUGAAGAGUAUGUGGGUACCAUCACGCCGAUUGCGACCAAGGUCAUCAGUCAGAAGACGGAGCAUGCGGCUUGGAUGGAUGGGAAAGAGGAGGGCGGGCCGAAGGUGGUGUAUGUGAUGACCACCAAGGAUAUUUCGGUUCCGUUGGAGUUGCAGGAGUGGAUGGUGGGGAGGGCGAGGGAGGAGGUGGGCGUGGAUGUGAAGACGGUGAGGAUGGAGACGGGGCAUGUGCCGACGCUGACGGGGACGGGGGAGUUGGUGAGGGUUUUGGGGGAGGUAUUGGGGGAGUGAGGUCAGGGAGGAAAGGGAGGGAUUGGCCCUACCUAUCGUUACCUG